UAACGUUAGGACCACGGCUUUCGACAACUAAGAAGAAUGGCUGAAAUGGAACCACUGAAGGCCUUGUACGAGAACAAGGUGGUGGAGAAGACAAAGAAGGAUCCCAAGCGGCUGUCAGUGGAGAGGAUCUACCAGAAGAAAACACAGCUUGAGCACAUUUUGCUCCGACCUGACACCUACAUUGGCUCUGUGGAGCCUGUCACUCAGCAAAUGUGGGUGUUUGAUGAGGAUAUUGGACUGAACUGCCGUGAUGUGACAUUUGUACCAGGGCUCUACAAGAUCUUUGAUGAGAUCCUUGUGAAUGCUGCCGACAACAAGCAGAGGGAUAAGAACAUGUCCUGCAUCAAGGUCAACAUUGAUGUUGAAAACAACAUUAUCAGUGUGUGGAAUAAUGGGAAGGGUAUCCCUGUGGUUGAGCACAAGGUUGAGAAGGUCUUUGUGCCUUCCCUCAUCUUCGGACAACUUCUUACUUCAAGUAACUACGAUGAUGAUGAGAAGAAAGUCACUGGUGGACGUAAUGGAUAUGGUGCUAAGCUUUGCAACAUCUUCAGUACAAAGUUUACUGUCCAGACUGCCUGUAAGGAAUCUAAGAAGACUUUCAAGCAGACCUGGUAUGACAACAUGGGCCGGGCUGGAGAGUCUCACAUCAAAUCAUUUGAUGGAGAGGAAUACACCUGCAUCACAUUUCAGCCAGAUCUGUCCAAGUUCAAGAUGAGCAUCUUGGACAAAGACACAGUGGCUCUCAUGACCAGGCGAGCCUAUGACAUCGCUGGAUCUACCAAGGGUGUCCGCGUGUUCUUUAAUGGCAAGAGGCUGCCAGUGUCAGGUUUCCGUAGCUACGUGGACAUGUACGUGAAGGACAAGGUAGAUGAGCUGGGUGGGCCCCUCACUGUGGUCCAUGAGGUAGUCAGCGAGCGCUGGGAGGUCUGUCUCACCAUGAGUGAGAAGGGUUUCCAGCAAGUCAGCUUUGUCAACAGUAUUGCCACUACCAAGGGAGGGAGGCACACAGACUAUGUGGCCGACCAGGUGGUGGCUAAGCUCAUUGAGGUGGUGAAGAAGAAGAACAAGGCUGGGGUGACCGUCAAGCCUUUCCAGGUGAAGAAUCACAUGUGGCUGUUUGUGAACUGCCUCAUUGAGAACCCCACCUUCGACUCUCAGACCAAAGAGAACAUGACAUUGCAGCAGAAGAACUUCGGCUCCACCUGUCCUCUUGGUGACAAGUUCUUUAAACAGGCCAUCUCCUGUGGGAUUGUGGACAGCAUCAUGAACUGGGUGAAAUUCAAAGCCCAGUCCCAGCUCAACAAGAAGUGCUCUGCAGUCAAGCACACAAAAAUUAAAGGAGUGCCAAAACUGGAUGAUGCCAACGAUGCAGGUGGUAAGAACUCCACAGGCUGCACAUUGAUCCUCACCGAGGGAGACUCAGCCAAGACGCUGGCCGUGUCUGGGCUAGGCGUGGUUGGCAGGGACCGCUAUGGCGUCUUUCCUCUCAGGGGAAAAAUGCUCAACGUUCGUGAGGCCUCGCACAAACAGAUUAUGGAAAACGCUGAGAUCAACAACAUCAUCAAGAUCCUCGGCCUGCAGUACAAGAAGAACUAUAGUGACCCAGAGUCCCUCAAGAGUCUGCGUUAUGGCAAACUCAUGAUCAUGACUGAUCAGGAUCAAGAUGGCUCCCACAUCAAAGGAUUGCUGAUAAAUUUCAUUCAUCACAACUGGCCAUCUUUGCUGCGGCACAACUUCCUGGAGGAGUUCAUCACCCCCAUCAUCAAGGCCACUCAUAAGAAAACCCAGCUGUCUUUCUACAGUAUUCCUGAAUUCAACAAAUGGAAGGAAAGCCAGCAAAAAUUAACUUCUUGGAAAAUCAAAUACUACAAAGGUUUGGGAACUAGCACAUCGCAGGAAGCCAAGGAGUAUUUCUCUGAUAUGCAGAAACACCGUAUUCCAUUCAAAUACUCUGGCCCUGCAGACGAUGAGGCUAUUACCCUGGCCUUUAGCAAGAAGAAGGUUGACGAGCGCAAAGAGUGGCUGACCAACUUCAUGAUCAACAGGCGGCAGCGCAGGGAGCACAACUUGCCUGAGGAUUACCUGUAUGGUGAGGCCACCACGUCUCUCUCCUACAACGACUUUGUCAACAAGGAACUGGUGCUCUUCUCCAACUCUGACAAUGAGAGGUCCAUCCCCUGCCUGGUGGAUGGCUUGAAGCCAGGCCAGAGGAAAGUACUCUUCUGUUGCUUCAAGAGGAAUGACAAGCGGGAGGUGAAGGUGGCCCAGCUGGCUGGCUCUGUGGCUGAGAUGUCGGCCUACCACCACGGAGAGGUUUCUUUGAUGAUGACAAUUGUUGGUUUGGCCCAGAACUUUGUGGGAAGCAACAACUUGAAUCUGCUGCAGCCUCUGGGUCAGUUUGGAACCAGGCUGCACGGUGGCAAGGACAGUGCCAGUCCCAGAUACAUCUUUACCAUGCUCAGCCCUCUGGCUCGGCUUGUCUUCCCACCUGUGGAUGACAACCUGCUCAAGUACAACUAUGAUGACAACCAGCGUGUGGAGCCAGAGUGGUACAUCCCUAUUAUCCCCACUGUGCUGGUUAACGGCUCCGAAGGUAUCGGCACAGGCUGGGCCAGCAAAAUCCCCAACUAUGACAUCCGAGAGAUCAUCAACAACCUCCACCGCAUGCUCAAUGGGGAGGAGCCGCUGCCCAUGCUUCCAAACUACAAAGGCUUCAAGGGCACCAUUGACCAGCUGACAGCCAACCAUUACCUGAACAGUGGAGAGGUGGCCAUCCUGGACUCCACCACCAUUGAGAUCUCUGAACUACCGGUCAAAACCUGGACACAGUCCUACAAGGAAAGUGUGUUGGAGCCGAUGCUGAAUGGCACAGAAAAGGUCCCUGCUCUGAUCACAGACUACAAGGAAUACCACACUGACACCACUGUGCGCUUUGUGGUCAAGAUGACGGAGGAGAAGCUGAGGGAAGCCGAGGCUGCAGGCCUCCACAAAGUCUUCAAGCUGCAAAACCCACUCACCUGCAAUUCUAUGGUUCUGUUUGACCAUGUGGGCAGCCUGAAGAAGUAUGAGUCAGUGCAAGACAUCCUGAAGGACUUCUUUGACUUGAGAAUGAAGUACUGUGUCCUGAGGAAGGACUGGUUGGCUGGCAUGCUGGGGGCAGAGAGUGCCAAACUCUCCAACCAGGCCCGCUUCAUCUUGGAGAAGAUCCAGGGCACCUUGGUCAUUGAGAACAAGCCUAAGAAGGAGCUGAUUCGCAUGCUGCAGCAGAUGGGCUACGACUCUGACCCAGUCAAGGCAUGGAAGGAGGCUCAGGAGAAGGACACUGCUUUGAAUGAGGAGGAAGUGGAGAAUGAAGAGGAAGAAGGGAAGGAGAAAGAAGACACCAGUGGACCUGACUACAACUACCUGUUGAGCAUGCCCAUGUGGUACCUGACCAAAGAGAAGAAAGAUGAGCUGUGCAAACAAAGGGAUGCUAAGUUGACAGAGCUGAACACUCUGAAGAGGAAGAGUCCAUCUGAUCUGUGGAAGGAAGACCUUGCUGCUUUCUCUGAAGAACUAGAGCGCAUAGAGGAGAAAGAGAGGGCGGAUGCUGCCAUGCCUGUUGUAAAGGGGAAGACUGGUAAGGGCAAAGGGGUGAAGGUGAAGCAGGAGACCCUGCCGACACCACAGGGCCGUCGUGUCAUCCCACGUGUCACCAGUACCAUGAAGGCUGAGGCCAACAAGAAGGCCGAGGGCAAGAAGGGCAAGAAAAUCAAGAGUGAGGAUGUGGUGAUGAAGAUGGAGUUUGAAGAUGAUGGAGAGAACGCGGAGCCGACUGAGGAGAUGGGCUUGGCUUCGCGUCUGAACAAGAAAACCAAAACCCUGACCAAGGAAAAAGCUUCUGCAGCAGCAUCAAAGACAGGUAAGCAGAUGACCCUUCAGUUCAAGCCGUUGGCAAAGAAGCCCAAGAAGAACCCGUGGUCGGAUGACGAGUCUGGAGCGGACAGUGACGGCGAAGUAGAGGAGGCUGUUGCUCCCCGAGAGAGGGCUGAACGCAAAACUAAAGCUGCGGUGAAGUACAGUAUGUCCAGCAGUGAAGAUGAGUUUGACGACUGGGGGAAGAAGGAUGCUCCAAAAAGAAAAGCAGUUGUCAGUGAUGAUGACACCAGCUUCGCUCCUGAGCCCAGCGCUGUGAAUGACAGCGAUAUGGACUCCCCAGCCCCGCCUCCAAAAGCCAAGCCCACGGCCAUAGUGGCAAAGAAAAAAUCAACAACAGUGAAAGCACUUGAAAGCAAAUCCAGCUCUCAGUCUGAUGAUCAGAUGGUCAUAUCCAAACCUCCAGUUAAGCCCAAGGCCAAAGAGGCUGCACCCAAGAAACCUGCCGCUGCCAAGAAACCUCCUGUGGCCAGGAAGAAGGCUGCAGAUACAAAGCAGCCGUCCAUCAUGGAUGCUUUGUCCAAGCCCAAACCUGCCCCCAAAGCUGCCACCAAGAAAGUCCCUUCAUUUGACUCCAGUGACUCAGAGGCAGAAACUAAAGCAGCAGCAGCCAAAGAGAAAGCUGCCGUCAAGCGGAAACAGGCCGUGGCCAGUGAUGACUCUGACAGCAGCUCAGGCAACCUCAUGGCUCGCAUCAAGGGCAAAACAACAGCUGCCAGCAAGAAAACCAAGCGGUGGGAUGAUGACGAUAGCUUCCAGAUUUCAGACGACGAAGUCUCAGCCCCUGCAGCAGAGGCACCGAGAAACAAGCCGUCCCGUGCCAGGAAACCUGUAACCUACUGCCUGGACUCAGAUGAUGACUUCUAAUUUUUAUGUUGAACCAGUGUUCAAUUUUCAGGUAGCGUCAAAGAACCUGUUUUUCUCAAUUGUACAUAUUUAACAUUAUGUAUUAGUAAGUAGUUGCUUGUAACACUUGAAAACAUCUUACACUUGAGGCUUACAUUGACAGUGUAGGGUAAUACAACAUUUUAACAUAUUUUCUUUGUAAAACAUGUUCUUAUGCUCUGAUAUGAAGAUAUGCAAAUCAAAUUGCAGAAAACGUUUAGAUCAAGACUCACUUUUGUUCUAGAAGAUGUUUAUUGUGGAAAUGUGUUGUUUGUCCAUUUUCAUUCAUGUUUUGUCCUGUAAAUAUUUCAAUGGCUGUCCAUUGUAUAUUCCUGUGUGUGAAAUAAAGCUUUUUUUUAUAUAUAUGUUGUA